AUGACAUCUUUCCUAUUGAGUGAAAAAGUUAAACAUAGCAUCAGUGAUUCAACAGACUUCUCGAAUUACAACAACAAAAGUUUCAGUAGUGAUAUUUUGGAUGGGAAAAAUUUUACAGUCUACGCAUUACCUGGUUAUUAUAAUAUAUGGAAAUCUAUCCUUCUUGGAAUUAUAUUAACAUUUCUUCGUGAAAGAUAUAUGCGUAAAAAUCUAACAAACUGGUUUCUAGUUUCACUCGCUAUAGCUGAUUUAUUGGUGGGUACUAUAGUUAUGCCAUUUGCUAUUUUUCAUACUCUAAAUGAUGAAUAUUGGCCAUUCGGUCGUGAAUGGUGUGAUGGAUGGCAUGCAUUCGAUGUAUUAAGUUCAACAGCGUCAAUACUAAAUUUAUGCGCAAUAGCACUGGAAAGAUUCUGGGCAACAGAGAAUCCUAUCACACAUACAUCGAUGAGAACACGACGUCAUUGUUUACUUAUGCUUGCAUUUGUAUGGAUAUGUUCAAUUCUUAUUUCAUUUCCUGCUAUAUUAUGGUGGAGAAAUACACAAGAUUAUAUAGCCUCAUCCUCUUACAUUUGCCAGUUUACAUCGGACAGCAUUUAUUUAAUAGUCUCAUCUUGUGUAUCAUUUUAUAUUCCGUUAAUUGUUAUGCUCAUCGUUUAUGCUCGUAUUUAUCAGACAGCAAGUAAUUUAAUGAAAAGUUUAAAAAGUGGUGAAAAAAUUGUUGUUUAUUCACAUCCUAAAUUUAAUUCACCGCCAAAUUUCAAGUUUUUAACAAAUAAUUCAUCAAAUGAACAAAAGAAAAAAUCAUGGUUUAAGACAAGUAAAAACAAAAUAAAACCGAAUGAAUUUAUGCCAUCACAUUUCUCUAUGUCUCAAGGAGAUACGAUGGUUCUUCGUAUACAUCGUGGUGGAAAAGUUGAUACUAUUAAUUCUAAUAUCAAUAAUAAUAGUCAUAAUAACAAUGAUAAUAACAAGUUGAAAACACAUAAGUUAAAGGCUUAUUCUAACCGAAAUCAUUAUUUUGAUAAGAAUAAAAUUAAACAAAAGAAGACAGGCAACGCGAUAAAAUUCACAAAUUCUGUUUGUUUAAAUGAUAAGCGUAAAAUUAACACAAUGUCAAACACAAAUACAAGAAUCAAUAUGACAACGAGGACCCCUAUAACUAAUAGUGUUUUAUCUAAUUCUGCAUUACCACCACUGGGGAAGCGCAGUAAAACAGACAUGAAAAUUGUUAAACCAAAGUGGAAACAUACAUAUUCUUUGACACAAAUAUCCACGCAUUCACAAAUAUUUUCUGAUGGACUUAAUAGUGGUAAAGUAAUCAAUUAUCAAAUGAAAAGUGAACUUAAUUUCAGACGAUCACAUUCUUCUGGCAUUCUAAACUACUUAUCGCAAUCGCAUCCAGUGAUGCAAUGCUUUAAGAGACAUCAACAUCAAAGCAACAAAUAUCACCUUAUCAUUUAA